UGGUAAGCGUUCCCGGAAGUCUAACGAUGUUGCGCCUCUGGGUUUAGAAACUCUGUGGUAGAGGGGCUGUUGUUAGGAAUAGAUUUUAUGUUCUCGCGACAUUACCUGCUGCGAACUCACUGUUCCCUGAGAAGAACUGAGACCGGGGAAAAUAAAUUAGGAAGAGACUAUGUCUGUGAAUGAUGAUGGGUAUGUGGUGAGGAUUCGGGGCUUGCCUUGGUCCUGCACCCAGGAAGAGGUUGCAGGGUUCUUCUCUGAUUGUAACAUUGUCGGGAAAGUGAAUGGAGUGUGCUUCACGUUCUCCAAAGAAGGAAGGCCCAGUGGAGAAGCUUUCGUGGAGCUGAAAACAGCAGAAGAUUUUAAAAAAGCCAUAGCAAAGGAUAGGAAACACAUGGGUCAUCGCUAUAUUGAAGUGUUCAAGUCAAACCGUAGCGAGAUGGACUGGGUGUUGAAACGCAGCGGCCCUACUGACUACGACAGCUGCAGCGGGUGUAUGAUACGUCUGCGGGGACUUCCCUUUGGCUGCAGUAAGGAGGAGAUAGUGCAGUUCUUUGCAGGGUUGAAAAUCGUGCCAAAUGGGAUAACAUUGCCGAUGGACUACCAGGGGAGGAGCACAGGGGAAGCCUUCGUGCAGUUUGCCUCAAAGGAGAUAGCAGAAAAGGCACUGGGGAAACACAAGGAAAGAAUAGGGCACAGGUACAUAGAAAUCUUUAAGAGCAGCCGGAAUGAGAUACGGGCUUACUAUGAGCUCCCCAGAAGGAUGAUGGGGCAGAGACCCAGUCCCUACGACAGACCCAUGAUGGAGCGAGGUGGGUUCUUCCCUGGUCCAGGACGGGGGGGUGCUCUUUUGGACCAAAUGCGUGGAGGAGGCUACAGUGGAGGCUAUGGCGGAUUUGACAACUACAAUGGCUUCAGUAAUUACUGUUUUGGCAAUGGCAUGUUUGAUGACCGAAUAAGGGGCGAUAGAGGAAGAGCUAUGGGUGGCCAUGGCUACGGUGGUGCAGGUGAUCAUAGCUCCCACAGCGGCUUCCACAGCGGCCAUUUUGUACACAUGAGGGGCCUGCCUUUCCGUGCCACUGAGGGAGACAUAGCCAAUUUCUUCUCCCCAUUGACUCCUGUGCGAGUUCAUAUCGACUUUGGACCCAAUGGAAAAUCCACAGGCGAGGCCGAUGUUGAGUUUAGGUCUCAUGAAGAUGCUGUUUCAGCUAUGUCGAAGGACAAGAAUCACAUGCAACAUCGAUACAUUGAGCUCUUCUUAAACUCAACUGCUAGUGGAGCAUCUGAAAUGGGCCGCGGCGGUGGUUUCUAUGGUAACUCAGGAGGCAUGGGCUCGAGACGGAGUGGACUGAGGGGGAUGUUCUAAACAGGAGUAAUCACCAUUCUCAACCAAACGUUCAAGUCUUGAAGAUUUGUUUUGUAUUUGAAUGUUUUCACAUGUUCAGAAAAAGUACCUACUUAUAAUAUUUUCCAGUCUCAGAGUGGAAUAAAAAGUAUAUAUUUGAGCAGUUGCAUAGGCUAACCAACUAUUGUACAUUUUACUUAAUACAUUUUAUAUUUAA